UGAGGGUAGUCUACGUUCACUUAAAUAUCACGGCGCUGAGUAGAGCAUUAACAAGGUUUAACUCUGUUGAUUUUGCUGUUUUGACGGGCCUGAAUGCUGCGUUUUACUCCAAUUUCGCGUGAAUUUCACGUAAUUUCUUCACUAAAAAAAUCGACUUUCCCUUAUAAUAUAUUUCUGCUACGAUUUGCUAAUAAAGGAAAUUUGAACAAUAUAUGAAAAACACCACAUUCGGCAUAACAUAUGUAUCAUGGGUAAAGACAAGAAACAGAAAAAGACGCAAGAUGAUAGAGAAAAAUCAGUUGAUUCUGACAAACCUCUAAAUGUCGCUACAGAUGUGCCAAAUAAAGAUGUUCCUGGUGAGACUAAGGCAAAAAAAGAAAAAAAUAAAAAUCGUAAAGGAAAAGACUUAGAACCAGAUCCAGAGUUAAUUAUUAAAAAAAAUUACAGUGAUGAAGAAUCCGAAAUAGAAAUUAUCACCCUAGAACAGCAAGGGAAAAAGAAAAAGAAGACUAAACAGAAAAAGCCUAAUUUUAGUUUAUUAGAAAUUGAAGGUGAUGACAUUGACAAAAGCAGUGGAGAUGAAGAUCAAUCAAAAUCUGAGGGUAAAGUUUCAGCAAAUGGCUUGAAUGACGCCAAAGAAAGUUCUAAGUCUGAUGGUAAAGCUGGUAAGAAAUCAAAGAAAAAGGAGAGAAAAAAACGUGUUGAUGAUGAUGAAGAAGAUCUGGAAAAACUUUUGGAAGAGCUGGCAAUCGAAAUGGGUACAAAACCUGCCGAGAAAGGGAAAGAACCUGUCCCUGCUGAAAAAACAGUAGCUGAUGCCUCUGAAAAACCAGUAGAAGCUCCCUCUGUAGAAAAGACUGAAAAAACCAAAAAGAAGAAAGCCACAAAAGAAACUGUUGAUGAAGCUCAGACUGAAGAAAACAUAGAAAAUUUAGAAAAAGUAGAAAAUUUAGAAAAAGAUGAUGAAGGACAUACUGUUAAAACUGCUGCUCAAAAGAAAAAGGAGAAAAAAGAAAGAGAAAAACAGAAAAAAGCUGCUCAGUUUGAACAGCAAUCUAAAAAAAAGACUGUUGAAACGAGGAGCAGUGAAACACCUCCAGUUGAAAAGCCACCUGUUGCAAAGCCACCAGAGGAAGAAGCAGAAAUAGAAGACAAAAGUGAUGAUGAAGAUGAUGGAAAGAAAAAGAAGAAAAAGAAGAAGAAAGGGGAAGAAGACGAUAAGAAAGAUAAAAAGAGACCUGGAAAAAAACAAAUUCUUGCAAUGCAAGAAGCCUUACGAAAAGUUAAAGAAGAAGAAGAAAGGCUCAGACUAGAGGAAGAAGCUAAAUUAAAAGCUGAAGAAGAAGCUGAGCUACAGCGACAGGAAAAGCUUCGUCUGGAACAGGAAAAGAAAGAGAGGAAAAAAGAAAAGGAAAGGGAAAAACGAGAAAGACUUAGAGCAGAGGGCAAACUCUUGACAAAGGCUCAACGACAGCAGAGAGCUAGAAUGGAAGCUACUUUAGCUGUUUUGCGGCAGCAAGGAGUUGAAAUUCCACAAGUCGGUGAGAAGAGGGAGAAGAAGCCUAGACUAGGAGAUCGUAAAAAGAUGCAAAAGAAAAAAUCUGCUGUUGAAAAUGGUGCCGGUACUGAAGAGCCUAAAACUGAAGAGAUAACAACUCCAACUGAAGAAAUAGCAGAACCUAAACUAGAUGUUCAGAGUGAAAUCAAGGUUGAAUCUCCACAUGUGAGUGAAGAAGAGAACAUUAAGGAUGCUUGGGAUGAAAGCUCUGACGAAGAACAAGAAGAAAAGACUCAAACAACAGCUAAAAAGGCUGCUGGGUUAUCCAAAGAAAGGAAAGAAGAAAGUGAUAGUGAGUCUGAAUCAUCUGAAGAGGAGACCUCGUCAUCAGAGGCAUCUGAUUCAGAAGAUGAAAGCGAAAGUAGUUCUGGCAGUGAAAGUGAUUCAAAGGAUGCUACAAAUACCAUGGAAAAAAUAAGGUUGAGGAUUCAGAAAAGAAGAGAAGCUGCUGAAAACAAUUUAAGCUUGUCACGCUUGAGAUCACCAGUUGUUUGCGUCCUAGGUCAUGUAGACACAGGAAAGACCAAAAUUCUUGAUAAAAUUCGAAGUAGUCAUGUUCAAGAUGGAGAAGCUGGUGGUAUUACUCAACAGAUUGGAGCCACUAUGGUACCUUAUGAUGCACUUCAAGAGCAAUGUAAAAUGGUUAAAGGCUUUUCUGAAAUGGAACUCCAGGUUCCAGGACUUUUAAUUAUUGAUACUCCUGGCCAUGAAUCUUUUAGCAACUUAAGAUCUCGGGGAUCAUCUCUGUGUGAUAUAGCAAUUUUAGUAGUUGAUAUCACUCAUGGACUUGAGCCUCAAACAAUUGAAUCUAUAAAUAUGUUGAAGCAAAGGAAGACUCCAUUUAUUGUGGCACUCAAUAAGAUUGACAGAGUGUAUGAGUGGAAAUCCACAAAAAAUAAAGACGUCCAAGACAUAAUCAAAAGCCAGUCAAGAAGCACUAAACAAUUCUUUGAUGAUAGAGUACAACAAGUGAUUUUGGAAUUUGCAGAACAGUCUUUAAAUGCAGUAUUAUACUAUGAAAAUAAAGACCCACGUACAUACAUAUCAAUGGUACCUACGUCUGCCUUGACUGGUGAAGGAAUGGGAAACUUAAUGGCAUUAAUAGUGGAACUUACUCAAACUAUGAUGGCCAAAAAAUUGCAGUUUUCUGAAGAGUUACAAGCUACAGUAUUGGAAGUGAAGGCUAUAGCAGGUUUAGGACAUACAAUGGAUGCUAUUCUGGUAAAUGGGCGUCUAAAAGAAGGAGAUACUAUUGUUUAUGCUGGUUAUGAUGGACCUUGUUGUUCACAAAUACGAUCGUUGCUUAUGCCUCAGCCACUCAAAGAAUUGCGUAUAAAGACUCAAUUUAUUGAGCACAGAGAAGUAGAAGGAGCCCAAGGUGUUAAAAUUUGUGCAAAAGAUCUCGAAAAAGCUAUUGCCGGUCUUCCUUUGCUAGUUCCACGUCGUUCUGAUGAAGUUCCUGUUCUAAAGGAAGAAAUUGCCACCAUGUUCCGUGAGACGAUGAAUUCAAUCAAGGUUACUGGCAUGGGAGUGUAUGUCCAAACUUCAACUUUAGGUUCCCUUGAAGCUUUGAUGGAGUUUUUAUCAGAGUCCAAAAUUCCUGUGUCUGGAGUUCGAAUAGGCCCAGUGACUAAAAAAGACGUGAUGAAGUGUUCUGCAAUGUUGGAGCAUGAUCCUACAUUUGCUGUAAUUCUUGCAUUUGAUGUUAGAAUUGAAAGAGAAGCUCAAGAAUUGGCAGAUUCUCUUAACAUUAAGAUUUUUCAUGCAAACAUUAUUUACCACUUGUUUGAUAUGUUUGUAAAAUACAGGACAGAGCUUAAAGAAAAGAAUAGAGAAAUGUACAAAAGUGCUGCUGUAUUCCCAUGCAAGCUGAAAAUUCUUCCACAGUUUGUUUUUAACUCUCGUGAUCCUAUUGUUGUUGGUGUCUCUGUUGAAGCAGGCAUACUUAAGGAAGGAACUAUGCUAUGUGUUCCAUCCAAAGAGUUUUUGGAAAUUGGAACGGUGACCACUAUUGAAGUCAAUCACAAGCAAAUUGAAACUGCUCGUAAAGGUCAAGAAGUUUGUAUUAAAGUAGAACCAUCUGGUGGCGAGGCUCCAAAAAUGUAUGGACGUCACUUUGACCAUAAUGACUUGCUUGUUAGUAAGAUUACGAGGCAAUCUAUUGACAUCUGCAAAGAACAUUUUAGAGAUGACCUGUUAAAAAGUGACUGGCAGUUGAUGGUGGAAUUAAAGAAACUCUUCCAGAUUUUGUGAUCAAUAUAUUACUUAGUUAUUUUUAAAAAAAAGUUAUUUGUAUUACCUGAUUGAGGACUUAUCUGAAAAGUUUGUUACAUGCGAGAAUGUAUUUUGGUUUUAUAUAAUUUUAAUAAAAUGGUUGACUUAUAUCUGUAUGAAAUCUAUUUUGUUGAUCAAAAAACUCUCAAAUAAUGAUGCUCUGAAAUUUAAUUUCUCUUAUUUUUUUGCAAUAAUUAAUAAUUUAAAAUGUAUUGCUGUAUUAUAAACUAGCUUAUGAAAUGCAUCAAAAUAAAUUGAAUAU